AUGGGCGCCGCAAUCGUUGAUCCGGUUCGUUGGAAACUUGUCAUUGAUGGUCUUGUCGAGCGCCCUUUCGUGAUAGAUUUUCAGCAGUUACGGCAAAUGCCUUGCAAAAAGAUCGUCCCCUUUCAUGAGUGUUACGGUAGCCCACUGGUGGCACCGACGAAAAAUGUCUGGAGAAUCGGGAAUGUUGAAUGGACCGGGGUUGUGUUUAGAGACCUUCUUGAAAUCGCACGACCACACCCUGAGGCACAUUUUGUUUGGUCGGAUGGACUGGACUCAGGGGCUUUCGGUGGAGUUGCUGCAGACCGGUAUCGUAAGGACUUGCCUAUUGACAAGGCGCUCUCGCCAGAGGUGCUAGUAGCCUAUGAAAUGAACGGCAAGCCGCUGGGAAAAGAGCGAGGUGGGCCAGUAAGGCUGGUUGUUCCGGGCUGGUUUGGUACAAAUUCCACGAAGUGGCUCUGUCGCUUGUCCUUGCAGGACAGGAGAGCUCAAGGGCCGUUUACCACCAUCUUUUAUAAUGAGCUUGAUCCGGAAGACACGACCGGAUUGCGCAAACGGCCGGUCUGGAAGGUCCAACCCAACGCGAUGAUCGUGCGGCCUCGUCCGGGCGAGACAUUCCUGUGUCCUUGCGAUGUCGACGUAUGGGGUCGGGCAUGGGGCGCGGAAGAGAUUGUUAGAGUGGAGGUCACAGUCGAUGGUGGUAAUACUUGGGAGGAAGCAAACCUGCUUCCUAGGGAGAUGUUUGAAUGGCAGCUUUUUACUCUUCGGGUCAUUUCACCUCGUGGGAGACGCGUUAUUCAGGCACGAGCAACGGAUAGGUUAGGAGCUCAGCAGGCACUGAGACAAAGUCGGAAUCAUGUACCGACCGUUGAAACUCAGGUAGAAUGA